UGGUCACGUGCGGCUGGUGGCCUACGGUCACGUGACGUGCGGCGGGGCGCAGGCAGCCGGGCUGGGAGUUCUCCCGAGGAAAAGCCAAGUGAAGUGGGGGACCCGGCGGCGGUGACAAUGAGUUUUCUUGGAGGCUUUUUUGGUCCUAUUUGUGAGAUCGAUGUUUCCCUUAAUGAUGGGGAAACCAGGAAAAUGGCAGAAAUGAAAACUGAAGAUGGCAAAGUAGAAAAACACUAUCUCUUCUAUGAUGGAGAAUCUGUUUCAGGAAAGGUAAACCUAGCCUUUAAGCAGCCUGGAAAGAGGCUAGAGCAUCAAGGAAUUAGAAUUGAAUUUGUAGGUCAAAUUGAACUUUUCAAUGACAAGAGUAAUACUCAUGAGUUUGUAAACCUAGUGAAAGAACUAGCCUUACCCGGAGAGCUGACUCAGAGCAGAAGUUAUGAUUUUGAAUUUAUGCAAGUUGAAAAGCCAUAUGAGUCAUACAUCGGUGCCAAUGUCCGCCUGAGGUAUUUUCUUAAGGUGACGAUUGUGAGAAGGCUGACAGACUUAGUGAAAGAGUACGAUCUUAUUGUUCACCAGCUUGCUACCUAUCCUGAUGUCAACAACUCUAUUAAAAUGGAAGUGGGCAUUGAAGAUUGUCUGCACAUAGAGUUUGAAUAUAAUAAGUCAAAGUAUCAUUUAAAGGAUGUGAUUGUUGGAAAAAUUUACUUUUUAUUAGUAAGAAUAAAAAUACAACACAUGGAGUUACAACUCAUCAAGAAAGAGAUCACAGGAAUUGGACCCAGCACCACAACAGAAACAGAAACAAUUGCUAAAUAUGAGAUAAUGGAUGGUGCGCCAGUGAAAGGAGAAUCUAUUCCAAUAAGAUUGUUCUUAGCAGGGUAUGACCCAACUCCCACAAUGAGAGAUGUGAACAAGAAGUUUUCAGUAAGGUACUUUUUGAACCUGGUGCUUGUUGAUGAGGAAGACAGAAGGUACUUCAAGCAGCAGGAGAUCAUCCUGUGGAGAAAAGCACCUGAAAAACUGAGAAAACAGAGGACGAACUUUCACCAGCGGUUUGAAUCUCCAGAGUCACAGGCAUCUGUGGAACAGCCCGAGAUGUAAGCAGAAUAGGACAAAAGCAGCAAGAACAAGAACUGUAGCCAAGAGCUGAAGCUCAGUGGACUAAAGAUGGUAACAGCCUGGGGGAAAGUCCAACUCUGUCUGCUCGUCUUCCUUAUCCUCAAGUGCUGCAUUUAUCUUACAGUAUGAUUAAAGAUUCUUUGUGUAUAUACAUUUUAAAAAGUGCUUUCUUGGAAACACUGGAGAAUUCUUAAGCUGCCUUUUUUGUUUUCUUUUUUACUGCACACUGAUAAGAACUCAGAUGCAUCAGCAAAAAUAUUAAGGAUUUUCAUGUGAGUAGGCUGGUAUUUGUAAUUUUGUUUCCUUUAUACAUAAUGUUGAAAUUUCUUUUCUCUUUUUUCAUGCUAAUGAUUACCUCUUAUUCUCUAUGUGCAAAAAAUUAAAUUUUUUUUUUUGUUGUUUAAGUAAAAUGAGAAAACCUGAGUAGUCCUUAUGUCUUGCAUAGUUUUAAGGCACGGUUCCUCAGUACUUUUGAGAAUUGUUUUUACAUUUGUAUCAGAAACCAACCUGGUGUUGCAUGGUAGAUGCUUCUGGAUCUGCCAUUUCACGGCUUCCUGAAUUUUAAUCUUUGGGCUCUUCUGAGGUGUAUUAAAAUUUUCCAACCAAGAGUGUACGUGGCAUGUGGUUGUGGUCCUCUUCCCCCAUGUUAACCUUUUUUGCUAUUUCUGUAUUACCAUGUAGGUUCUGCAGUGUGGAGCUCACACGUUGGCAUUUUAGAAUGUCUUAAUCCUGUAUCAUUUUUCCAUAAAUACUUUGAAACAUGUAUAUACUUUUUAAUAUAAGGACUCUUUGCCAUAUGUAUGUAUAUAUUUCUUUGGGGAUAAGAGGACCUGUGAAGCAAAUACAAGGAUCCACCAGAUCUGGACAAUUUUUUGUUAACUGGAACAUUGGUUUGUUCAAACUCAAUUAAACAUCACCUAGUCCAUUUAAAAAAAAAAACAAAAAAACAAAAAACCAAAAACACUAAAUUCAGGUCAUUUGUCCAGUGUCUCUGAAGAAGGUGGCUGCAGUCAUCUGAGCACAGACAGUAAUGUGGAACAUGGGCAAGACAAGUCUGCUGUGUGGGAGUUACUCAGUUCAUUUUUCUUUCCUACUAGUAUUCCUUGACACACCUCAGAGCAAGUUUUGUCAGUUAGCCUUACUUUCUGAGUAACAGCCCGAGUUACAUUUCUUUAAAUCUAUUUUACUAUGAUGGCACUUUGAUAAAAUGGCCAGCAACCAACCCUGGCCAAGGUUCCACAUACCACGUCCUGGAGCAGCUAUUGUAAAUGUGGAUUUCUAAGAAUGGCCAUGUUUCCCUUCAUGUAAGUGCCUGUUCAGAGUUUCAAAUUUUCAAAAUGCCAAAUAUUUUCAUGGUCACUUGCAUGUAGUAAUCUAGGAAUAUUCAGAGAUUUUGAAAACCAAUUGUAUUUAACCAGCCUCAAGUUGUGCAACUAUGAUAUAUAAUAAAUAAUUUGAAACAAAAUCUGUG